CUUUCCUUUCUUCAUUAUAUACACAUAUAGACAAAUUAUAGAUUAAUAACAUGUCAGCCAAACCACGUAGUAUGACAGCAGGUGCACGUAAUGUGCUUCGUUCGAAUGAUUCAGCUAGUCUUUGGAAUUGUACCUUAUCACCCGGCUGGACGGACGAAGAAUCAGAAAUUUUACGAAAGGCUUUAAUGAAGUUUGGUAUUGGUAACUGGGCAAAGAUCAUUGAAAGCGGUUGUUUGCCUGGUAAAACAAAUGCACAAAUGAAUCUUCAAUUACAACGAUUACUUGGACAACAAAGUACAGCAGAAUUUGCCGGCUUACAUAUUGAUCCUAAAGUCAUUGGUGCUAAGAACUCCUUGGUUCAAGGAAGCCAUAUUAAGCGUAAAAAUAACUGUAUUGUUAAUACCGGUGGUAAACUUUCUCGAGAAGAGUUAAAAAAGAAAGUGAUUGCAAAUAAGGCAGCUUAUGAGUUACCGGAAUCAGAAUGGAAAAAUAUUGAACUACCAAAGAUUGAGGAUCCUCUGUUGAUCCUUGGACAAAAGAAACAAGAAUUAGAGCAAUUAAAACUUGAACUUGAAAAAGUACAGCAAAGUAUAUUAAAGAUGAAAGCAUCUCAUCCUGAUCGAAUGGAAAAAUUAAAGGCAGAAGCUAUCAGAUCCCCAACACCAUCUACACCAUCUACACCAAGUACGAUAGGCACAAGAGAAGAAGAGGAAGAGAAAAAGGAGAGUGAUACAGUAGAUACACCUAAUACUGAUAAUGAUUUAGCCAUGGCAAGAGCUUUACAAGCUGAAGAAGAUGAAUUAUAUGGAAAUGCGAUGAGUGAAGAUGACGAUGAUGAUGAAGAUUUUUCAUUUUCAAAGAAAAGAAAAGUUACACGUAUUUAGAAGGGAAAAAAAAUAGAUAACAAUUACGAAAAUAAAAAGUAAAUAAGCUGCAUAUCAUUCAUAUUUCCUCCAAGAUAAAAUAGUUUGAAUAUUUUAGCAAAACUACAACAUAG